AUGUCUUCGGGAUUCGUAUCAGCCGGAACAAACGAGCAACCCAUUGAGCGGGACGAUGAAUGGUUAAAGGCACAACAAGAGCUGGAGGAGGAGCGUCGACGCAAGGCGGAAAUCGGCAAGCAAAAUGACGGGAAGAGUCUAUUUGAAGUUCUGCAACAGAACAAAAUGGCGAAGCAGGAUCAAUUCGAAGAGAAAAUGCGACUGAAGAACCAGUUCCGAUCGCUGGAUGACGAUGAGGUGGAAUUCUUGGAUUCAGUGCUCGAGUCGACGCGGGCGCAGGAGGCUGCUGUGAAGAAGGAUACCGCGGACCAGCUCGAGGCGUUUCGCAAGCAGCGGGAAGAGGCGGAGAAAUCAGCCUUGGGUCCUACCUCGUCGGAGGUCACCCCUGCCGAGGAGGAGGAAUGGACGAUACCGGCGCGCAAGAGACGGCGUGAGAAAAAGGAUUUGCUGCUCCCUGGUAAGAGGCGCAAGUCCUCCGGUGCCGAGGCUAUUUCUCCGCAGGAGAAGUCCCCCGAAAAGCCCGGUCAGGGUAGUGAAUCCGCUGCGAAGGCUGAAAAUGCCUCGAAGCCUAUACCAAAUACAGCGAACGCGAAGGCCCCUGCUGUCUCUGCAAAGCCUGCGUCUGCCGGUCCGGAUGCGUCAAAGGCUGCAGAGAAGCCUGCUGCUAAGCCAGCCUUGGGACUGGUUGGCUAUGGAUCUGACUCCGAUCCAGAAUAA